UAGAUAAUAAGAGAUGCCACCACCAUGUUAUACAAAAAAUGCGCUUUUUAAGGAAAUUUAUCCAAUUUUUCGCGGGUAAAGUCUAUUAAAUGUUAUUGUGAAUUUUCAUAAUUUUGUCAUUUUAUUACUUUGAUCUACUUAAGUCAUGGAUUCAAAAAGGUCUUUACAAAUGCCAUGGGUUGAAAAGUAUCGUCCAGUUGAAUUCGAAGAUAUUGUUGGUAACCAAGAUGUUGUUGAACGACUGAAAGCUCUGGUUGAGAAAGGAAGCUUUCCAAAUCUGCUACUCUCUGGACCUCCAGGUAUUGGUAAAACAACAACCAUUCUUUGUCUCUGCCGGAAAAUGUUGAAUGGUCACCUUAAAGAUGCCGUACUCGAAUUGAAUGCUUCUAAUGAUAGAGGGAUUGAUGUCGUCAGAAACAAGAUCAAGAUGUUUGCUCAGACUAAAGUUACCUUAGGUCCAGGCAAAGUUAAAGUGAUAAUUCUGGAUGAAGCAGAUAGUAUGACUGAAAGUGCUCAACAAGCUUUGAGGCGAACUAUGGAAAUCUAUUCGAAAACCACCAGGUUUGCUUUGGCUUGUAAUACUUCAGAGCGUAUCAUAGAACCAAUCCAAUCACGAUGUGCUGUUAUUAGGUUCAAUAGACUGAAUGAUGAGGAUAUAAAAAAGAGGUUGCUCACAAUUUGUGAAAAAGAAAAUAUAUCUUAUACCGAGGAUGGCCUGAAAGCUCUCAUAUUUACCGCUCAAGGAGAUUUACGGCAAGCGAUCAACAAUCUACAAUCUUGUUACGAUGGAUUCGAAAAGGUUACGGGUGAAAAUGUUUUUAAAGUGUGCGAUGAGCCUCAUCCAGUUCAAAUAAAAGAAAUGAUUGGUCAUUGCUUAGAGAGAAAUUUUGACAAAGCAUAUACCAUAUUGGCACAUCUUUGGGAACUUGGCUAUUCUCCAGAAGACAUUAUUGUUAACAUGUUUCGAGUCACUAAAAAUAAUGAAAUGGGUGAAUAUCUUAAGUUAGAAUUUGUCAAAGAAAUUGGAGUAACACAUAUGAGAAUUGUUAAAGGUGUUAACUCAUUACUACAAUUAUCUGCGUUGUUAGCUUCUUUAUGUAAAAAAUCUAUCUCAGGUGGAAAGUGAUCUCCUCCCAAACAUCGAACUGUAAACCAUCCAGAUAACUAUGUUUUGAUUAAAUUUUUUACAAAAUUUUUAAA